UCCUUGUUUACAUUAUUUGUUUUGAUUAUUUUCUUAGUUGUUUUUUUUCUGCUAAAUUUUCAUUCAUAAUUUGAUGAUUAAAUGUCUCUGGUUAAUUCAUAUUAUCUGAAAAAUUUACUCUCUCUCUUACCUGGUGGUUAUUGUUUCGCCUUUGCCUAUGGAUCGGCAGUUUUUAAACAAUCAGUGUCUUCCCUUGGUGUUGUUGGUCAUUCUGUAAACUCAACGACUUCACCUUCCCGCCUGAUUAAACCAAUUAAUAAAUUGACAUCAUGGUUUUCAUCAUCACCAUCAUCAUCUGAAGAGCAAGUGAAAAUGAUUGACAUGAUUGUAGUAGUUGACGAUAGCCUUAAAUUUCAUGAGAACAAUUUAUCAACCAACCAGAAUCACUAUUCAAUUUUAAAACGUUUCGGUGCAAAAGUGAUUACCAAUAUUCAAGAUAAUUUUGGAGCCUCAAUUUAUUUUAAUACAUUGAUUCCAAUCAAAGAUGAUAAUGGAGCUGAAUGUUUACUUAAAUAUGGAAUAAUUAAUCGAAAAAAUCUAAUCAAUGAUCUCUACGAUUGGGAUCAUCUUUACACCUCCGGGCGUCUUCAUAAGCCGGUGAAAAUUAUUCACUCACCAAGUGAUGAUGGAAGUAUUUCCAAAGCCUUAACAAUUAACCAUCAAAAUGCUCUCUAUUCAGCUCUCCUUUUGCUCAGUGAAACUUUUACCGAGGAACAAUUGUUUAUAACAAUAGCCAAUUUAAGCUACGAUGGCGAUUUUCGGAUGACCUUUGGUGAGGAUCGUAACAAAGUGGCCAAAAUAGUGAAACCAAAUAUUGAGAAAUUUAAAUCAAUUUAUCAGCCUUAUAUUGGUUCGUCCAUUGAGAAAGGAUUAUUAUCUUUUAACAGUAACCAACGAAUCUAUUUUCAAGAUUUAUCACCACGAGUUAUUUGUCACAAUUUAAGUUUAUUACCGAAACGAGUUCAGCAAAAUUUAUAUUUCAAUUAUGAAAGUCGAGGUAAACUUCGUGAUUUGGAUGAUGUUUUAAUGGCGAUCGCUCAAAGUUACAAGUAUUCUGAUGAUGUUCGUCAAGCAAUUAGACAAAUUGUUAGGAAAUCAAGUUGGACACAAAGUGCCAAGGGUGUUUUCACCGCUGGACUGAUCAAAUCAAUGAAAUAUAGUACAAGAAAAUUAAUUAAAAUGAGUAAAUCAUGAAAAAAAAACUCAUAAAGAAAAGGAAAAAAGUUUCUAUUUUUUGUAGAUCAGUUAAUUGAUUUUUCAAUUAAUAUUAGUCAAUUAUGAUUCUAUUGUUUAGAUGACCAAUCCUUGGGCUACUGUAUAGUUUGAUGAAAGUUUAUUUAAAAAUUAAAUAUACUUUUAAAAUCCU